AAUGGUGGGAGAGGCGCGGGCUGGGGAAAGGAAGCGGCAGAGCUGGCUGGCGCUCUCUGCAGUAGGGCAGCAAACUUCACCCCGGCUCCACUCUGCACUUGGCUGCUGGGGGUGAAGGUGGUGCCUGGGUUUUUAAAGGUGUGAAUGAAAGAGACUCUCUGCAAUAUUUAGUGUCCAGUCUUACUGGCUUUGAAGAACAGCGGCAUCUACAAUGCCACCUCCUGCUGAUAUAGUGAAGGUGGCUAUAGAAUGGCCAGGUGCCUUCCCCAAGUUGAUGGAAAUUGAUCAAAAAAAACCUUUGUCUGCAAUAAUAAAAGAAGUUUGUGACGGGUGGUCUCUGGUGAACCAUGAGUAUUAUGCACUGCAACAUGCUGAUAGUUCCAAUUUCUAUAUCACAGAAAAGAAUCGCAAUGAAAUUAAAAAUGGAGCGAUUCUUCGAUUAACAACUUCUCCAGCUCAAAAUGCACAGCAGCUCCAUGAGAGGAUCCAGUCUUCUAGUAUGGAUGCCAAGUUAGAAGCACUGAAAGACUUGGCCAGUUACUCACGGGAUGUUACGUUUGCCCAGGAGUUUAUAAAUCUAGAUGGUAUCUCUCUCCUAACGCAGAUGGUCGAAAGUGGCACAGAACGCUAUCAGAAAUUGCAGAAGAUAAUGAAGCCCUGCUUUGGAGAUAUGUUGUCUUUUACACUGACUGCAUUUGUUGAGUUGAUGGAUCAUGGGAUUGUAUCAUGGGAUACAUUCUCGGUGGCGUUCAUUAAAAAGAUAGCAAGUUAUGUGAACAAAUUUGCUGCGGACAUCUCUAUCUUGCAACGGUCAUUAGCAAUCCUGGAGUCAAUGGUGCUCAAUAGCCAUGAGCUGUACCAGAAAGUAGCCCAGGAGAUCACAAUUGGCCAGUUAAUCCCACAUCUUCAGGGGACAGAUCAAGAAAUCCAAACCUACACGAUUGCAGUAAUAAAUGCACUUUUCCUUAAAGCACCUGAUGACAAGAGGCAGGAGAUGGCAAACAUUUUGGCACAAAAACAGCUUCGGGCUAUCAUUUUAACACAUGUUAUCAGGGCCCAGAGGGCCAUCAAUAAUGAAAUGGCGCACCAGCUUUAUGUUCUGCAAGUGCUCACCUUUAACCUUCUGGAGGACAGAAUGAUGACCAAAAUGGAUCCACAGGACCAGGCUCAGAGGGAUAUUAUAUUUGAACUCCGAAGAAUUGCUUUCGAUGCAGAGUCUGAACCCAACAACAGCAGUGGCAGUAUUGAGAAACGCAAAUCUAUGUAUACCCGAGACUAUAAGAAACUUGGAUUUAUUAAUCAUGUAAACCCAGCAAUGGAUUUUACACAAACCCCUCCAGGAAUGCUAGCCCUUGACAACAUGCUGUACUUUGCCAAACACCACCAGGAUGCAUAUAUCCGGAUUGUCUUGGAAAACAGCAGCCGAGAAGACAAACAUGAAUGUCCCUUUGGCCGCAGUAGCAUCGAGCUGACAAAGAUGCUGUGUGAAAUCCUGAAAGUAGGAGAACUACCCAGUGAGACCUGCAAUGAUUUCCACCCCAUGUUCUUCACGCAUGACAGAUCAUUUGAGGAGUUUUUCUGCAUCUGCAUCCAGCUGUUGAAUAAGACUUGGAAGGAAAUGAGGGCAACCUCUGAAGACUUCAACAAGGUAAUGCAGGUGGUGAAAGAGCAAAUAAUGAGAGCACUCACUACCAAGCCUAGUUCUCUGGACCAGUUCAAAAGUAAACUUCAGAAUCUAAGUUACACAGAAAUUUUGAAAAUCCGUCAGUCUGAGAGGAUGAACCAGGAAGAUUUCCAGUCUCGUCCAAUUCUGGAGCUAAAAGAGAAGAUUCAGCCUGAAAUCUUAGAGCUGAUCAAACAGCAACGUCUUAACCGACUUGUUGAAGGCACCUGCUUUAGGAAACUCAAUAGUCGACGGCGACAAGACAAAUUUUGGUAUUGUCGAUUAUCGCCCAAUCACAAGGUCUUGCACUAUGGAGACUUGGAAGAAAGUCCACAGGGAGAAGUUCCCCAUGAUUCUUUGCAGGAUAAAUUACCUGUGGCAGAUAUAAAAGCAGUUGUAACAGGGAAGGACUGCCCUCACAUGAAGGAGAAAGGUGCUCUUAAACAAAACAAGGAGGUGCUUGAGCUUGCUUUCUCUAUAUUGUAUGACUCAAAUGGCCAAUUGAAUUUCAUCGCUCCUGAUAAGCAUGAGUACUGUAUCUGGACCGAUGGAUUGAAUGCCCUCCUUGGGAAGGAUAUGAUGAGUGACCUGACGCGAAAUGACUUGGACACGCUGCUCAGCAUGGAGAUAAAGCUGCGUCUCCUUGACUUGGAGAAUAUACAGAUUCCUGAUGCUCCCCCACCAAUUCCAAAGGAGCCCAGCAACUAUGAUUUUGUUUAUGACUGUAACUGAAACUGCCCAUUGAAACUCGCAUUUAAACUGGAAAGAUUAUAACUGGAAAGAUUAAACAAAGAGCGAGAUAAACCCACAUGUGCGCACCUUGGAUUAUGGACUAUGGUUAAAGCACUCACUUUUCUUUCCAUUCCUUGCAUCUGUUCCUUUCCCCUGAUCCCAUCUCCCCCAUUGCUAGUCAAAAAUGACAUUGCUUUAAUUAACUUCUAAUUGCAGUCCAUUGGAUGUGGCUAAUGCGAAGACCACUAAGCAGCGUCCAUCAGAGGAACUUUUAAAUUUUUAAUGCUGGAAUAGGCAUUCUAAACAAAAUAUUAUGCUUCCAAACUGCAUGCCUACGAAACCAAACCUGGCACUUUCAGGUGCUUUAUCUGGAAGUUGGGAGGUAGAGAGGAGAAGCAGCUACUGUAAGUGGAAGGUGGAGAGAGCGAGAUUUUCCCAACCCAUCCCAAGAGUCAGCUCACAACUGAUUUCAAAAAAAGAUGAAAAGUAUUAACUGCUUAAACUUCUGCACCAUCAUCACUGUCAUUAUCUUUUGGCAACAGUGUCUCCAUCCUCUGUGCUCUGCCACAGUUAUAGUUCCCUAGAAUAAGUCGUUUGCAGGUUUUCACUGUACUGUGGACUAUAACACUGCAAUGCUUCUAACUUCUUUUUCUUCCGUCUCUUAAAUAGCUCUAUAUUUCUCCCAAAUUACUAGCACAAAUUGUGAAUGAAGGCACUAGGUCUGUUCUCUGUAGCUGUAGCCAUUCUAAGCCUCAAUUGCCUCUAAAAUUGGCUUGAUACUAUCCAAGGUUUUUUCUUUUUUGGUUCAAAGUAAAAUAAUAGUUUCCACAGAUUCAUGAAAAUGGUGAGACAUCUGAAUCGGCAUCAUCAUUGCUAGUGUUACAAGUUUGCAAGGGAUUUAUUUUUUGUUUUUGUACAACGGGUUCUAACUUUUUUGUUUUUGUUCUUUGGCCAAACAAAUAUAUUUAAUGAAAAAUAAUUACAUUGUGAGUUUAUUUAGAGAUGAUGUUUUUAUUUUUAAUAUCCAUUGGAAACAUUUGUCUGGGAGGAAAAAAUAUCCAAUACUUCCUUCAAUUUUGCUGUUGAAUAAAACCUGAGUUGUGAUGAUCCUGGAACCUUGGUUUUUAAUUUUGAAGUUCUUUUACUUCAUGUA